CUUUUUCUUCCUCGUACUAGACAGUUUCUUUUUUUCAAGUGUGAUUGGGCUCGUGGAUGCACCCAAUCUCUUAGCCUUUUCAUACUUCUUUCGGUAUCGAUUGAUACGAAAAAAUUUAAUACACAAUUUGAUUCCUCUGCAAAGACCACCCAUCGGUGAACACCUAAACACAGUGAAGAUUAUUUAACCAGACAAAUACCAGGCACAAAUCCAGGAUAGCUAAAGAUGGACCAAAUUAAAGGAUAAUUUUAUCCAUUUGAUUAUUGAAUCUUUCAAGUUUAAGGAUUAUAUUAGCAUUUUGUUUCUCUUUGUUUCUUUUUGCCUUCUCUUAUUUAUUAGUUGUGAGUUUUUUGUUAAACUUUUUUGUUUGUUUCCCUUCUUCUGUCACUUUUUGAUGUCAAUAAUUUCAUAGGUUUUUAUAUAGAAACAAUCUGAAAUAAUAUCAUGAACAAGAAUUAUAGUGAAAAAAGGAUUCCUCGACCUCCGAAUGCCUUUAUGUUGUUUGGUCAAAAGUAUCGUCGGACUGUGGCCCAACAAUAUCCAUCUUACACCAAUAAACAGAUUAGUAAAAUUUUGGGCGAUAAAUGGCGCAAAAUGGAUCCAGCUGAAAAAGAUUCCUAUCAUUGUUUAGCCAAUGAAGCUCAUGCCAAUCAUAUGAAAAAAUAUCCUGGUUAUUAUUACAGUCCAUUGGAGGCUCGCCAACGGAAAGCCGAGAGAAAACGAAAGUACAUGCAAAAGAUCACUUUAAGAAGAAAUAACAGCGAAUCCAGUGAAAAUGUUAUGGGUCUUCCAAAUAUUACAAACACACAAUUUGUUCAAUACAAUUAUAAUCUUAUGCCAACAUGUUGUUCAUCAAAUCCUCUGGACUCGUUAACCAUCAGUGAUCCCAAUGGAAGUGAUCUCAAUGGGUACCAUGGUUUAUUUGGUGAUCACUGUUAUGCUGCUUUCAUUGAGCCCGACACAUCACAUCAUCCUCAUCAACCUCACCCACCACAAUCAGCCGGGCCUCAUCAUCAUAUUGAGUUCGAGCAAUCUCAACUUCAACAACAGCUACUCCCUUAUCAACCACCCUCUCACCUAUUUGAUUCACAGCGACCAUGUCAAAGGUCACACGGUUUCCCUGUUCACUACAUUAAAGAGGAACCAACCACACCGAUAACACCAACUACACCAACACCGCCAACAUCUACAUCAUCAACGCCAACAAUAACAUCAGCCAAUCAAAAUUUGUGCUCCCUUCAAUUGCUACCCGAUCAACACCAACAAUUGCAAUUGCAACCUCAACCUGACCUAUUGGAUUUUGAAGCCCUUGACAAACUUAUUGGCAAUGCUAACCUGGAUAAUUGGAAUUUUUUAGUAGACUUUAAAUUUUGAUGACAAUCUAUUUCUUGUUAUAAUUUACAUUAUUACACUUAUCCCAGUAUAGACAGUUUAUUAGCCCUUUAUUAUUAGUUUUACUAGUAUCAUUACUAUUAUUAUGAUUAUUAUUUUUACCAAUUUUUUGUUUUUAUACAUCAACAAAUAAUAAAGCAACUAUUUAAUCGAUA